AUGGCUCCCAUCUCCCCCCCCGAAAGCGACAUAAUCUACAACCGCGUCAACGUCACCGUCGCCCAAAAAAUCCGGUCCAUCGCAUCAUGGAACCCCCCCCGCGCGGCAAACGGGUCCGUCAACACGACAAACCCAGGAGAGGAAACGAAGAGCGACGAGCUGGAGAGUGGCACCGCCCUGCCCGAACUCACGGGUUUCGGCGCCACGAUGCGGGAGGACGGGGUGGUGGAGAGAGGGGGGAUGUCCGGGAACGAUAGGCUGCGGAAACAGUUGCUCGGGAAGGAUCAUAUCAAGAAGCUGGCACGAGGCAAGAGGGCGCAUGGGCCGGGUGCCGUGGGCAUGGCAAACCAACCACGUCCUGCUGCGCCAGCGAGGCGCGAGGAGCAUGAUUGGGACAGUGGGGACGAAGGGGGGCGCUCGUCGUUGGGGAAGUCGAAGCUCGGCGCAAGGAAGCAUCGUCUCAAGGAGGAGGAGGAGGAAUCUGGUCGUGUCGACGAUGAGACGGAGGAGCUGGCGGUGCACGGGUCGAAUGUGAGGGCUAAAAAGGUGCCGAAGAGAGGGAGUAAUUACCUAGAUGAGGUGCUGGCGGAUCGAUCGCUGAGGAGGCGGAAGAAGAGUCGGAAGAAAGAUAGGGCUAUGGAGAACUAG